UCCGCCUCCUUCCCCGCCGGGCCGCCAUGACGGGGCCGCCGCCGGCCGCCCUGCUCCGCCGCUGGGCACGCGAGCAGGCCCGGCUGAAGGGCGGCGUGGUGGCGGAGGACACCGAGGAGUGGCAGAAGGAGCCGAGCUUUGCGGGGCUGGAGAGAGUGGGAGGCGUGGACUUGUCCUACGUCAAAGGCGACGACUCGAGGGCCUGCGCUUCCCUCGUCGUUCUCAGCUACCCGGGGCUCGAGGUGCUGUACGAGGACUGCCAGAUGGUGGCCGUGAGUGCCCCGUAUGUGGCAGGAUUCUUGGCCUUCCGAGAGGUCCCUUUCCUGGUGGAAGCUGUUCAGAGACUUCAGCAGGAGGAGCCCAGGCUCAAACCUCAGGUGCUUCUUGUAGAUGGGAAUGGCCUGCUCCAUCACAGAGGGUUUGGUGUGGCCUGUCACCUGGGAGUCCUGACAGAUCUACCGUGCAUUGGAGUGGCCAAGAACCUCCUGCAGGUGGAUGGCUUGGCCAGGGAUGAGCUGCACAGAGAGCAGAUCCGUUCCUUGCAGAGGGGAGGAGAUACAUUCCCACUGACAGGCACUUCAGGGAAUGUCCUUGGUAUGGGUGUGCCUGGAGACAGCUGUGCGUCUAGUCCAGUCCUGCUGCAGGUACCGGAUCCCGGAGCCCAUCCGCCAGGCAACUUCUGUGAUGCUGAUGUUAAUACAGAGGGGCUGGAAACGCAGCUUUCCUGGUGCUUUGAGCCUAGCACAGACUGCAGUGCUGCUCCUCUGGGCUUUUCCUCGCUACUGCACUCCACAAGGAACUGCGGGCUCUGGGACAGCAGGCAGCCAGCUGACAUUAGAUCGAGGGAGUAUAUUCGGAAGCAGAUGUGUUCACCAGUGAAGGUCCCAUCUUCUGGGCCAGAGAGAAAAGAGAAGGCUGAACUGGAUGAUUAAUCUCAUGCCAGAAGAAACUGCAGGGCCCCUUCUUCACUGAACGCAAGACUGUGGUUCUGCAGAGUGCAGCGGCCGGGUGCCACCCGUGGGCAGAGCAGCACAAGGCUGUGUUGGUCGGGACAACGCCAGCCACUGUGCACUCCUCUGGUAGACCGGCAAACCAGCCUCUGUUAAGGAUGUUGCUCGAUGUUUAGAGCAUAUUUCUCGUGGUCAGUUUUGAAGCACUGUAAAUACAUGUGUUCACUUUCUACAACUU